CUAUUCAUUGUCUUCCCUAAAGCCAUAUAAGUAGCCUGCUAUUUUUUUUCCACCCUAAAGCCAUAUAAGUAGCCUGCUAUUUUUUUUCCACAAGGUAAUUAUGAUUUACCUUGCUUCAACCGCAACAAUCCAACUUUAUAAACCAACUCAAAGAUUCAUUUUUUACAUACAUAUCACACAUUUCAACAUUAAUUAAUUGUUCCUUUUAUUUCAACUGAUGAGUAUGAAACUCCAGUACCUAUCAUCAAUAAUAUUAUUAUGGUCGUUGAACCAUACAUUACUCAAACAGAACACCAACAUAAUCACUUCAUUGUUGAUUGUUUCACUCUUGUUGUUGAUUCUAAACUGGUCAAAGCGUUCUACAUCAAUUUACCUUGUUGAUUUCGCUUGUUACAAGCCAAAGAAAGAGCGAAAGUUCAAAAAAGAAGUAUUCUUAAAGUGCCUAGAGGAAAGUGGGUACUUCAAUAAAGAUAUAGUUAAAUUUCAGCUACGAAUUUUGGAAAGGUCUGGUUUAGGAGAUGAGACAUAUAUUCCUCAAUCAAAACCAUCAACCAUGUCGAUGAAAGGAGCAAAUCUUGAAGCAGAGGAAGUGAUAUUCGGAACACUAGAUUCUCUUUUUGCUAAAACUGGUAUUCAACCAAAUGAAAUUGACAUUCUCAUUAUCAAUUGUAGCUUAUUCAACCCAACACCUUCUCUCUCAACCAUGAUUGUAAACCACUUCAAACUUAAGGAAAAUAUUAAAAGUUUCAGUCUUGGAGGAAUGGGUUGUAGUGCUGGUACGAUCUCAAUAAACAUGGCUGAGGAACUUCUUAAAUCAAACCCAAACUCUUAUGCAGUGGUGGUGAGUACUGAAAUCAUAACUCAAAGUUGGUACCUUGGAAAUGACCGUUCAAUGUUACUACCCAAUUGUAUUUUUAGGAUGGGUGGGGCUGCUGUGCUUCUUUCGAAUAAACCUACAAGUCGAACCCGGUCUAAGUACCGAUUGGUUCACACGGUUCGAACCCAUACAGGAGCGAAUGACAAAAACUUUAAUUGUGUGUACCAAAGAGAGGACAAUGAAGGGAAAAUAGGUGUUUCUUUAACAAAAGACUUAAUGAUCGUAGCUGGAGAAGCCUUGAAAACUAACAUAACCACUUUAGGACCAUUGGUUUUACCGUUUUCGGAGAAGUUUAAGUUUUUCAUAUCAACUGUCAGAAAAAAAGUUUUAAGAGAUUCAAAAGUGAAGACAUAUGUACCAGAUUUCAAAAAGGCUUUUGAGCAUUUUAGCAUACACGCGGGGGGUAGAGGUGUGUUGGACGAGGUACAGAAGAAUCUUAAACUCAGUGAUUGGUAUAUGGAACCAUCUCGGAUGACACUUCACCGAUUUGGGAACACUUCAAGUAGUUCUCUUUGGUAUGAGUUGGCUUACACAGAGAGUAAAGGUAGAGUUUCAAAAGGAGAUAGGGUGUGGCAAAUUGCAUUCGGGUCAGGUUUUAAGUGUAAUAGUGUUGUUUGGAAGGCUUGUCGUGAUAUGCCUUUUCUAGAUGAUUGGAGGGGUAAUCCAUGGGAUGACUCUUUCCACAACUACCCUGUUAAUCUCUCUAAUACAUGAUUAUGCUUCAUAAUCAUUCACGACCAUCACUAAAUUAACAAGAAAUAAAUCUCCAAAUAAGCCUCAAAAUUGUUUGAAGUAUGUGUACACGCAAAUAAAGAUAUGUACCACUCCUAAAUUUUUGUACCAUAACAACUAACUUACAACUACUAGUUAGUCAUUAUUCUUUU